AUGCCGUCGGUGCCCUUCAUGUCGUCGCUGUUCCCGCACAAUUACUCGUUAAAGGUGUCGAGUUCGAGGCCGCAACAGCCGCCGCGCCAACGGCGGCCGGACCUGCACCCCCUGCAGAAGCGGAUAGAGGACCCCGAGCCUUCGUUCACCGACCUCGUCCUGGCGCUCCCCCUUCCCCCGUCCUUACCCAACAGCAAUGCAGCCUCCCCGACGUCCGCCAUGUUCGAGAACUCGGCCGCGAUGAAGUCGGCCCCGUCGCUCCAGCUCAACACUCGUGCAUCGUCGUCCGGCGGAUACAAGCGACCAUCAGCGGCUGAGCAGCAGACGCAUCUUCCAACUCCACCCCGAGCGCUCUCCAAGGCACGCAGCGGAUCCGAUCUUCGCAGUCGGGCGUCGGCGCAGCGCACAGCCAGUCUCACACCGCGGCAGCGCACUCGCAGUUCACGCCCAUCGACCCCGACGAGAGACCGCAGCGACACUGUCACGUUUGAUUCUUGCAUGGAGAGUGGGACGGCCUAUGAAGCCCAGGCGCACGAAGCUGGGAACCAGGGAGUACUCGCCGCGCGACACUUGCGCAUUGCCUCUAAUUUGUUUGGCCAGGCGCUAGCGAUGCGCCCGCAUUCGGCUUGGGCGAGGCUACGACGUGCGACGAUGCUGCUACUCCUGGCGCGGCUAGAGGACCCACCAACGGCGCACAAUUUGACUACGGCCCAGCUUCAGGAGUCUCGUGCGGAUCUGUUACACCUCUCCCGCUGCGCCCCGGGCAGCAUGACGGUUCGCGAGACAUUGGCGACGGUGUCGGGCGAACUGUCUCGACUGCAUCUAUCCGACGGCAGCGACAGCGACGGACCCGCGAGCCGGCUGGCGCUCGAGGCGCUCGAGUGCAUGGAGGAGGUAGCCGCCGAGAGGAUGGAUCGCGCCGCCCAACUAGCGAGGGCGGAGUUUGGUCCGCAGACGCCAGCCCUGGCGGCGAUGUUCCUGCACCUGGCCGAGACAGCUGGCGCCGCCGCGGUGCUCUCGCCCGACAGUGGUGGCGUCGAGGAUCUCGCCGAGUUAGCCGAGAAGGCGUUGGACCAGGCGACAAACAUGGUCGGGCUGGCGACGACGAUGCUGCCGCCGAGCCCGGACACGACUGCACUCAUAACGCGAGUGCAGCUUGCGUCUGGGCGCCUGACGGUCGACAGGCUGCGACACCUCGCAGUGCUCGGAGUACCGUUCCAUGAGUCGGACUUUGCCGGUGCACUUAGGGAUUUGACGCUACUCGCGGACGAGACGAAGGAGCGCGCGACCUCGAGCCAGGUGGCCGCGAUGCAGGCGUACGAGUGCGCCAGGCUGCUUGGCGACACGCUCUGGCUUGUCGCGUGCCUCAUGCGUGGGCAUUGGGGCGACCCCCUUCCGUCAGUCGCCACGACGACAUCUGCGCCAUGCUCGGCGCAGGCGCAGCCCACACCGGAGGGAUAUGUCUACUCCCGCAGCCGAGCUGGGAGCGUCGGACCUCCGGGUCGUGGAUCGGACGGCUCGCUGCCCGUGCUCGACCGCAGCCGUCAGUCGUCUACCACUAGCAUCGGCUCGCUCGAAUCGCCGCCGAUCGCCGAGGAGGUCAUCAUCGAGGAGGAUGAUGUCGUAUCGCCGUCCUGGGCCGCGGGAGGGGGCACCAAGCCGACCAGCCCAUCGGCCUUCCCGACGCUCGCUCCCAAGCACUCUCCGACUCGCGCCCGCCGCCCGCCGCCUCUCCAGCUUUCCCUCCCGCCGCCCGUCUGUCCCCUGCCGCCCGUCCCAUCGCCUCUCUCGCCGCUCAACCCCGCCCAUCCCCGCCGCGCGAGCGAGACGCGCCCCCGCGUCGUGCGCCAGUUCAGUGGAACGCUACCAGCGGGCUCUGUGCCGCGUCGUGCGAGCAGUGGCCUGGAGCGCACGCCAAUUCCUCCCGCGCGCACGCUCGAGCUCGCCCGCCGCGCGAUCGAGCACCUCGAGUCAGCUGAGGCGCGAUACCAGCAAUCUCUCGCUUGUCUUCCCGACGGCCAUGCACGGGAGAGGGCCGAGGUGCUGCUGCAGCUGGCAGCCGUGAACCUGUUCAAGGCGGCCGUACCCCGCUCCCUCCUCCAGGCGCUGGGCACGGAGCGUCGGGGCAGCUACCUGAUCUCGGCCGAGGUGUACGCGAACAAGGCGCUCGAGGCGGUGACGCCCCGCGAGCAACGGCCCGGGGAUCGCCUAAGCGGUGAGCCGCAAUUCGCGGAAGUGAGGGAGCGCACGUCCAACUCGCACCUUGCGCCCUUGACGCCGACGGAUCCGGAACAGCGGGAACGCCGGGGCAGUGCGGCGAGCAGUCUCUCUGCUCCCUCUCGGCGCGCGAGCCGCGAAUCGGACGGCCGCCGCGAGAGCGGCUCGUCCUCCAGCGGCCGCAUCAGCCCCAGUCCCGCCGCGACGGAGUGGCUCGACCUCGACGCGGCCCGACUCGAGAAAGUGCACUGGCGCACGCAGGGUGUGGCGCGCCUGGCGCUCCUCGCACUGCUGGACGCUCAGCACGUGGCGGGCAAGGACGCCGAUGUCGCGCGUCUCCUGGCGCGCAUGCGCGGGCGCGUGACCGCGGCAGACGUGAGGCGAUACCUCGCCUGUGGCGCGCAUGGCGCUAGUGCCGGCCAAGCCGUCAGUGCGAUGGGAGAAGUCAAGAUGGGCCAGUUCUGGACAAAGGUGAAGGAGACGCUGGGGCAUUAG